UGACGGCCGCCAGAGGCGGGCCGGGGCGGGGCCUGCGGGCCGGCGCGGGGCGGCCCCGCGGCGGGGAGUGGGACGCCUGCCCUGGGUCGCUCACCCCCAAAACCGCACAGGGCAGCCCCCGCUUCUUCUUUCAGCCACCGACCAGGCGCAUGCGGAGCAGCGGUGACCCACGGAGGGCCCGUGGGCAGGGGCGGCCAGCGGCGGACCCGCCGUGGAACCUGGCGUCCCAGCCCUUCAGCCCCCAUCCUGCUAGGUCCCACGUGGCGUGGCGGGAACCCCUGGGCGAGGACCGCACAGCUCGGCUCACACAGGGGACAGAGGGGUUGGGACCCAGCUGUGACACCUUGGGGGCUGGGGCAGAUGGACAGCAGGAGCCGGUGCCUGGCCCUUGUCCAGGGCCUGGUCACCCCAGGGCCUGUCCCUGGGAGGUCGUCACCCCUCUUCCAGCCCCUCCCUCCUGGUCAGGAAUGACCUUUAGGGAUGGAAGGAGGUGGACGUGCACAGCAGCCGCAGACACAGCCUGGCCUGGGUCCGAGUCCGGCUCUGCUCCCUGGCCCAGCCUCCUGCCCGGGUACACCCUGGGAGGCGGCCGCAGCAGGUGGGGGCCCAGGCGCUGGGCCCCCUGCUGCCCACGUGGGAGCCCGCGUGGAGCUCCUGGCUGCAGCGCUGCUGUCCCCACCUGCAGGGUCACUCACGGCCGGGCAGCAUCCACCAGGCACAGGACACCCUCGCCUGCCCUGACGUCCCCACUCCCAGGGUCCUGCGGAGUGGCGCCCCACGGCCCCCUCUCCUGGUUGCCCUUGGCAACCCCCGGCCCCCCGCAGGGCCUCCCGCUGGUCCCCACCUGCGCCUGCACCCCGGGCGGGCGGUGAGAAGAGAGGAAGGCUGUGGUGCAGGUGCGGGGGGCGCGGGCAGGGAUUGGCCAGCGGCCGCAGAGGCAGCAGGAGGCCAGGGAGAGGGAGGGGGUGGCGGGACAUAAAAGUGCGGCUCUGCGGUGCUCCGGGACCGACGGCCUGCAGCCCACAGGAGCAGGCGGACGGCGAGGCCAUGGGCGCCGAGGCGGCGUCGAGUUCCCCCGCGUCCUGGUGGGCGCCGGCCAACGCAUCGGGCUGUCCUGGCUGCGGCGCCAACGCCUCGCAGGGCGCAGCGCCGGCUGCGUGGCCGGUGGACGCCUGGCUGGUGCCGCUCCUGUUCGGGGCACUCAUGCUGCUGGGCCUGGCCGGGAACUCGCUGGUCAUCUACGUGGUCUGCCGCCAGAAGCGGAUGCGGACCGUGACCAACUUCUACAUCGCCAACCUGGCGGCCACCGACGUGACCUUCCUGCUGUGCUGCGUGCCCUUCACCGCCCUGCUCUACCCGCUGCCCGCCUGGGUGCUGGGCGCCUUCAUGUGCAAGUUCGUCAACUACAUCCAGCAGGUCUCGGUGCAGGCCACGUGCGCCACGCUGACAGCCAUGAGCGUGGACCGCUGGUACGUGACGGUGUUCCCGCUGCGCGCCCUGCACCGCCGCACGCCGCGCCUGGCGCUUGGCGUCAGCCUGGGGAUCUGGCUGGGCUCGGCGGCCGUGUCAGCGCCGGUGCUCGCCCUGCACCGCCUCUCGCCUGGGCCGCACACCUACUGCAGCGAAGCCUUCCCCAGCCGCGCGCUGGAGCGCGCCUUCGCGCUCUUCAACCUCCUGGCGCUGUACCUGCUGCCGCUGCUGGCCACCUGCGCCUGCUACGGGGCCAUGCUGCGCCACCUGGGCCGGGCCGCCCUGCGCCCAGCGCCCGCCGACGGCGGCUUGCAGGGGCACCUGCUGGCGGCGCGCGCCGGGGCCGUGCGGGCCAGGGUCUCCAGGCUGGUGGCGGCCGUGGUCCUGCUCUUCGCGGCCUGCUGGGGCCCCAUCCAGCUGUUCCUGGUGCUGCAGGCGCUGGGCCCCGCCGGCGCCUGGCACCCGCGCAGCUACGCCGCCUACGCGCUCAAGACGUGCGCGCACGGCCUGUCCUACAGCAACUCGGCGCUCAACCCGCUGCUCUACGCCUUCCUGGGCUCGCAGUUCCGACGCGCCUUCCGCCGCGCGUGCCCCUGCGCGCCGCGCCCGCGCGCGCCCGCACCCCCAGACCCCGCCAGGGCUCCGCGGCCGCGCGCUCCGGGGGAGCCGCCCGCCCCGCGCUGAGCGCGCUCCUUGCGGUCCGCACUGCCCCGCAGCUGCCCCUGUGCUGCCCCGAGCGCCGACCCCCCCCCCGCUUGCCCUUGGCGCUGCUGGGUCCGCAUUCGCUGAAACCCACGAUGCGCUCCCGGCCGCGUGCACAGCUUUUCUCCCACGCGGGACCGCGACGCUGAGGUCCCUCCACUCCCAGAGGCAGCGGACUGUGAACUCCCAGCGGGCUUUGGGGCUACCCCGAGGCCACGUGUGUCCCACGUCAGUGCCACCCACGUGGGAGCCCCGAGGGGGUGCCCGGCUCCGCCCCGGCCAUUUGGGGAGUGAACCAGCAGAUGAAGAUCUCUCUCUCUCUCUGAUUAAAAUCAGUUUUGAAUGAGCACA